CAACCUUAUCCAGUGUUCACAGGAGGCGGUUGAGUGGCCAGGCUGUGGUCGAUCAGCUAGGCAACUUCCAUUUUUUCCUGCCAUUUGGUUUUUGAGCACAGGGGCCGAAGCCGGGAAAUUAGGAUGGGGGCUGGAGCGAGCGCCGAGGAGAAACACUCCAGAGAGCUGGAGAAGAAGCUGAAGGAGGAUGCUGACAAGGAUGCCAGAACUGUCAAGCUGCUGCUGCUAGGUGCUGGAGAAUCAGGAAAAAGCACUAUUGUCAAACAGAUGAAAAUUAUCCACAAAGAUGGUUACUCGCUUGAAGAGUGCUUGGAGUUCAUUGUCAUUAUCUACAGCAACACCCUGCAGUCCAUCCUGGCCAUUGUGAGGGCCAUGAACACUCUCAAUAUUAACUACGGCCACUCUGACCAGCAGGAUGAUGCCAGGAAGCUCAUGCAUCUUGCGGACACCAUUGAGGAGGGCACCAUGCCCAAAGAACUGUCAGACAUCAUUUUGCGCCUGUGGAAGGACACUGGCAUCCAGGCGUGCUUCGACAGGGCCUCAGAGUACCAGCUCAACGACUCCGCUGGAUACUACCUGAAUGACUUGGAGAGGCUGAUCCAGCCCGGCUAUGUCCCCACUGAGCAGGAUGUGCUGCGAUCAAGAGUGAAGACCACUGGUAUCAUUGAGACCCAGUUCUCCUUCAAAGAUCUGCACUUCAGAAUGUUUGAUGUGGGUGGCCAGAGGUCAGAGAGGAAGAAGUGGAUCCACUGCUUUGAAGGUGUGACCUGUAUCAUCUUCAUUGCUGCUCUGAGCGCUUACGACAUGGUGCUGGUGGAGGAUGAUGAAGUGAACCGAAUGCAUGAAAGUCUGCACUUGUUCAACAGUAUCUGCAACCACCGUUACUUUGCCACCACCUCCAUUGUACUCUUCCUCAACAAGAAGGAUGUGUUCGUGGAGAAGAUCAAGAAAGCUCAUCUCAGCAUGUGCUUCCCUGAAUACGAUGGUCCCAACACUUAUGAGGAUGCUGGUAACUACAUCAAAGUCCAGUUCCUGGACCUCAACAUGCGUCGCGAUGUCAAAGAAAUCUACUCUCACAUGACCUGUGCCACAGACACAGAGAACGUCAAGUUUGUGUUUGACGCUGUAACCGACAUCAUCAUCAAAGAAAACCUGAAGGACUGUGGUCUCUUCUAAGAGCCAUGCCCAAAAACCCAAAGUAGGGUGUUGAUGUAGCCCCAUUUCACUCCACGUACCCCUUCCUCAUUCCAAUGAGACAUCCGUUGAGGACCAACAUGAGAAACUGUCCCUCCAAGGAGCCCUUCUCAAACAAACAAACAAAAAAAAGUAAAAUAAGUUAUUCAUUUGUUGUGUUCGAAAUUGUCACAGCGUUGACCAAAGACUUCGGGUCAAGUGAGACCAGAAGAGAGCUUUCAGCUUUCAGUCAGAGAUUUCAGUUGAGUUGAAUUUUUUAUCAAGCUAACUUUUCUCUUGAGUCUGGAAUACAGUAGGAACUCUUCUUUGGAGCGCUAUGCAAUCUGUAGUUUAAGCUUCUGUCAGCAUAAAGUACUUUCUUCUCAUAUUCACUAAUGUGAAUAGAUGUCAGACAAAUGCAUCAAUUUCUAUGCUCCAGUAACUGGCCAGCGCAGCCAAAAUGUAAACAAGAUGGCCUCACCACCUGCAAAUGCACUUCAACCUCUGUUAGAUUUUACAGACAAACUUCUCAGUAGAGAUGGGUUUGAUGUAUAGAAAAGACAUACAUUGCAAAACAGUUGAACUACAGCAGAACAGGCAGGUAACAAAUUAAUUAUAAAGGGCAGAAAUAUUAACUUUUUUGCAGUAGUGGGUAACGGCCAGCGUUAUAUAUAUGUAAUUAAUUUCCAUUGGACAGAUCAUAAGGUGUUUGAGUUGGCAACACCAUGCUGAUCUGCACCACUGAUGAGUGUGAUGAAGAUGCAGCAUACUUCAAUUUCUAAAAUCUUGUAAACAUGUUGACUCAAAUGUAGGCCUUUGAGCCAAAUAUCCUGUACAGAGACAAAGCCAGUAAAGUAAACCUGGAUUAACUUAUACAUGCUUCUGUAGAAAACUGAGUAUUUUUCAAUUUUUCACAAAUAAAACGCAACACAGCAAC